AUGGAAAACAUUCAAUCACAACAAAAUACUCAUAGAAUCGGCAGAAUCAUCCAAGUUAUGAUUGCCAGAGAUACCUCGGCUCUCAAUAACCUUGAGAGUAGGUUUAGGGUUCAACUCAGAUGCAACUGCUGCCUCGGAAAUAUUCUUGUCGCCACCAGAACUUAGCUUGUUUCUGUAUACGGACUGUCAGAAAGCAAAGUGCGACAAAUAGAGUACCUGGCUAUAAGACAGUAGAGAUUAAGGGAGACUAAACAGAACUCGGACGAGUUGAUGUCCUUCCUAGGCUUCUCAGAUAUUGAGGAUUUCAAUGAUGUCCAAUAACACGAAUUUAUUGAAUACACCAAUUAUAGAACCAAAAAAGUCAUGAUCAAGGACAAAAUAAGGUGCCUAUCAAGAAACAAGACCUCCCUAUUCACAAAUGUAGAAGCAUUGAGCUAAGAAAUUCCAAGUCCAACUCUGAGGCAUGAUGAGACUCAUGUCAACGAGGAAUUCAGAAAUCCAAUACUCCGUUCUAUCACCAGAAAUAACACGUAAGAGAAAGAAGAAGAAAAGGAAAUAAAGCUUUGUGAUUAAAAGUACAUCACUGAGCAAAACUAGUUAUUUGAUGAUAUCUCUUCAAAUUCCCCUGUCUCAAAAUAAAAACUUGCCGAUAUUGACUACUAUUGUUAGUAAGAUUUCUCUGAUGAGUCAGCAAGACAGUUUGAAUAAAAAAUAACUAGUAAAAGAAGAGCUAAACAGACCCAAAAAACGAUUUAGGUGCAUAAAAAGACAUAAAAAAAGAAUACUAUCGAGGACAAGUAAUGGGGAUUUUUAUCUUCUAAUAGUAGAGAAAUCUUCAGAGUUGUCAAGGUAGACCGCCUUAACAUGGCCUAGAGCAUUUUUUCUCUGGCCAAUGACUAUCAAUUGUAAAAUAAAAGACAUAAACUAUCAUAAUGA